UAUAGACGGCGCGCUAGCCGGCUAGAUUCCGCACGGUAGUGAAAGUAAGAAAGGCGCUAAAAGUAACAAUGCCACGUUUCCUUUUCCUUCGCCGGCUCUCCGGCUUUUGAAGAAACGAGGCGCAGAGGGAACGUCAAAUGAGCUCGCCAGCAGAAAAAAGACGGCGAGGGCCGUAUCGGAGAUGGUUGGAACCAGGCACCGGAGGAGACGUCCCAAGGCAGACGAGGCACAAUGACAAAAGACGACGAGAAUGCGAUAUUGCACCCGCUGCUGCACCACUGUUUGAUGCAGUGGACGAAGAAGGCGACUAUGGUGAGAAUGAGGACAGUGAAGGAGAUGAAAAUGAAGACAGUGAAGGCGAUGAAAAUGAGGACAGUGAAGGCGACGAAACAGAGUUUCAGGAAUUUCUCCACGGCUGUGGCACAGGAACAUUACCAAACCAGACAACCACAAAGAGACAAGCUGUCCUGUUGAUUUUACUCUACGUUGUGUCAGCUGGCCUCUCAUGGACGCAACUUGAUGGGUUGUUAAAGCUCAUCAAUGCACUGUUUGGUGACGACAUCCUACCGAGGUCAAAGUACAUGUUUCGUAAAAUCUGGAAGAGGCGUCAGGAACAGCUACUUCAGCUCCACUUUUUUUGCAACACUUGUCUUGCCCACCUAGGAAACCGUGGAAGGUAUGCGAAAGGUUGCACGUUGACAUGGACGUUUUGUAAUGUAGACUACACUCAGGGGAGGCUUGUCUCAUCUGGGAACUUUUUCGACAUCUUCAACAUCAAGAAACGUCUGCAGAUGCUGUUGAAGAAUAUCGGGACAGUUCUGCAUGACUCACUUCGUGCGCUCUCCUCACGGCCUCAGACUCAAGGGACAUUCUGUGACAUGACAGAUGGCAACCUGUAUAGGGAUACACGGCAAAAGCUUGGAAUGGGAUGGAGUGAUAUCACGGUCUCGUUUAACAUUGACGGCUCACCUGCAUUUGAGUCAAACAACUGCUCAGUGUGGCCGAUUCAACUGGUGAUAAAUGAGCUGCCAGUCAUAACACGAUGGAAGAAUGUCAUCGUCUGUGGACUCUGGUUUGCAAAGGCUCAUCCACCUGUGCUCCUGUUCCUGAACGCAUUUGUGCAGCAGUUUGCCAGUAUGGGACCAAUUGUCUGGAAAACGCUCAACGAAGUCGUCACGUCACGUGUGUAUGCUAUAUGCUGCAUUGCUGAUGCUCCAGCCAGGGCUUCCAUGUUAAAUAGGAAGCAAUUUAACGGGUUUUACGGCUGCUCGUGGUGCUUAAAAAAGGGUGAACUGGUGGAUGGUGAGUUCCUUUUAUUUGCAUUGAUUGGUUCAUACUGAUUUUAAUCCACAAACCAUUUUAAAUUGUGAUAUGUAAUUUUCAUGUUAAGUGAAAUACAUUAUUAAAUUUGGGUGGUUA